AUGGCGUAUGAGAAUGAUAUGAAUCUGAAGGCAACUGAAUUGAGAUUAGGGUUACCAGGGACAUCAGAUCGUGAUUUUUUAAAGAGUAAUAACAAGAGAUCUUCAGAUGAAAUGGAUAAUUCACCUGCUCCAAAGGCACAAGUUGUAGGGUGGCCGCCGGUGAGAUCUUUGGCCUUUUUACAAGAUGUCGUUGUACAGAGGAAUUCCGACUCCGAUGUGAUAGGGAUGUAUGUGAAAGUGAGUAUGGAUGGAGCUCCUUAUUUGAGGAAGAUUGAUGUUAAGGUUUACAAGAACUACCCAGAUCUACUCAUGGCCUUGGAGAACAUGUUCAAAUGCUCUAUGGGUGUGUACUCAGAGAGAGAAGGGUACAAUGGAUCUGAAUAUGCACCAACUUAUGAAGACAAAGAUGGGGAUUGGAUGUUAGUGGGAGAUGUUCCAUGGGAUAUGUUUAUUACUUCUUGCAAAAGGCUUAGAAUAAUGAAAGGAUAUGAAGCUAAAGGACUUUGA